GAUUUUUCUACUCUCGCGCCUUUCUUUCUUGUUCUUCUUCACGCAUUUAAAUUUUCUCCCAAAUAUAUAUAUGUCGCACCAUCAAUCGAAAUCGAAGCUUGAAAAUGGAUUCUCCAACCCCAAAAGAGAGCUCGGCCAAUAUCGAACUCGCUGAUUGCACUUCCCCGGGGCCAAAUCAACCGUCGCUGCACUCCAAGUCCUCGAUUCAGGAAGUGGGUUCUAGUGAUUCUGGAUCGAAGCCUGCGCCACCACGGUCUCGAGGUGCCGAUUCCGGACUCCAGAACGAGACGAACGACAUAGAUGCGAGGCUGAUUUACAUCGGUGAUCAUGAAAAGACGAACGGAAAUUGUGAGUUCGCUGGAAAUUCGAUUCGUUUUGGGAAGUAUUCGAUUCUAACUUUUAUGCCCAGGAAUCUGUUUGAACAAUUUCAUAGAGUUGCUUAUAUUUAUUUCCUUGUUAUUGCGGUCCUUAAUCAACUUCCCCAGCUUGCUGUUUUUGGUUGGGGAGUCUCUAUUUUUCCUUUAGCUCUUGUGUUGCUAGUUACAGCAGUUAAGGAUGCAUAUUUUGACUGGAGAAGGCAUCAUACUGAUAAAAUUGAGAACAAUCGGUUGGCUUCAGUUUUGGUCAAUGGUAAUUUUCAGCCCAAGAAAUGGAAGGAUAUUAGAGUUGGUGAGAUAAUUAAAAUUGGUGCUGACGACACCAUUCCUUGUGAUAUGGUGCUUCUCUCUACCAGAGAUUCCACAGGGGUUGCGUUUGUGCAAACUCUGAAUUUGGACGGGGAAUCAAAUUUGAAAACCAAGUACGCCAAACAAGAGACAAUGUUGAAAAUGCCCGACGAGGAGAAGAUUGAUGGGUUGAUUAAAUGUGAGAAACCCAAUAGGAAUAUCUAUGGAUUUCAUGCUAAUAUGGAGAUUGAUGGGAAGCGUCUUUCUCUUGGACCUGCGAACGUAGUUCUUCGUGGCUGUGAGCUCAAGAAAACUAGCUGGGCUGUUGGUGUUGCUGUAUAUGCUGGCAGCGAGACCAAAAUCAUGCUUAACAGUUCCGAAGCUCCAUUGAAAAGAAGCGGACUCGAGAGCCGUAUGAACGUGCAGAUUUUUAUACUCUCUUUGUUUCUUGUUGCUUUGUGUACAGUUGUUUGUGUUUGUGCUGCUGUUUGGUUCUCCAGGAAGGGGCAAGAUUUGGACAUUUUACCUUAUUUUAGAAAGAAGGAUUUCUCAAAAGACCCACCUGAAACCUAUAAUUACCAUGGCUGGGGAUUGGAUGUAUUUUUUGUAUUCCUCAUGUCAGUCAUUGUGUUUCAGAUCAUGAUCCCCAUUUCACUGUACAUUUCAAUGGAGCUUGUUCGCCUUGGCCAGGCUUAUUUCAUGAUCCGGGACACCCAAAUGUAUGAUGAAACAUCAAAUUUAAGAUUUCAGUGCCGUCCGUUGAACAUAAAUGAGGAUUUAGGACAAAUAAGGUAUGUAUUUUCGGACAAAACGGGUACCCUUACUGAGGAGAAGAUGGAAUUUCGAUGUGCCAGCAUCUGGGGGGUCGAUUAUGGAGGUGAAAUUACCGAUCCCCUAGGCGAGCAAAUUGGACACUCUGUUCAAGUGAAUGGAAAGGUUUUGAGGCCAAAAAUGGCAGUCAAAAUGGAUUCAAAGCUUCUACAGUUAUCGAAAAGUGGGAGGCACACCACGGAAGGAAGAUAUAGUCAUGAUUUCUUCCUCGCAUUAGCUGCUUGCAAUACCAUCAUUCCUCUCAUUACCGAAACUUCUAAUCCUUCACUGCAAUUAAUUGACUACCAAGGGGAGUCUCCAGACGAACAGGCAUUGGUUUAUGCUGCUGCGGCGUAUGGUUUUAUGCUAGUCGAACGAACUUCUGGCCAUAUAGUUAUUGACAUACAUGGUGAACAGCAAAGGUAUAACGUUUUGGGAAUGCACGAGUUCGAUAGCGAGAGGAAGCGGAUGUCGGUGAUACUUGGGUGUCCUGAUAUGACCUUUAAGGUAUUUGUAAAAGGUGCCGACAGCUCCAUGUUCAAGGUGAUGGAUGAAACUCCAAACAUGGAUAUCAUUCAAGCAACUAGAGCAAAUCUUCAUUCGUACUCAUCAAAGGGUCUCAGGACACUGGUUAUUGGGAUGAAAGAACUCAGUCCUUCUGACUUCAAGAAAUGGCACUUGAUGUUUGAGGAAGCAAGCACCGCUCUAGUCGGCAGGGCCAUCCAGCUUCGCAAGGUUGCAAGCGACAUAGAAAACAAUCUGUGCAUAUUGGGUGCCUCAGGCAUUGAAGAUAAGUUGCAAAAAGGUGUGCCAGAAGAUGAAGCUUUAAGAAAGGCAGGAAUUAAAGUAUGGGUUUUGACUGGGGACAAGCAAGAAACUGCCAUAUCAAUUGGUUAUUCCUCAAGGCUCUUAACAAACAAUAUGACCAAAAUUAGAAUUAAUAGCAACUCGGCAGAAUCAUGCAGAAGGAUUUUAGAAAAUGCAAUAAUCAUGUUGAAGAAGUUUGCUAGUGUGUCAGGGGUUACUUUAGAUAGUGGAAGAAGCACUGAAGUUGUCACGACUUCAGUUGCCUUGAUUAUUGAUGGUACCAGCCUUGUUUAUAUUCUCAAUCGCGAUCUCGAGGAACAGCUUUUCGAACUAGCGUCAAUCUGUUCAGUUGUGUUAUGUUGUCGGGUAGCCCCAUUGCAAAAAGCUGCAAUGGUUGCUCUAGUCAAGGGAAGGACUUCUGACAUGACACUUGCCAUCAGUGACGGCGGGAACGACGUGUCAAUGAUCCAAAUGGCAGAUGUGGGUGUCGGUAUGAGUGGUCUGGUGGGUCAACAAGCUGUCAUAGCAUCAGAUUUUGCCAUUGGACAAUUUAGAUUCUUGGUUCCUCUUCUAUUGGUCCAUGGACAUUGGAAUUACCGGCGGAUGGGCUACAUGAUUAUGUACAACUUUUACAGAAAUGCAGUAUUUGUGCUUGUCUUAUUUUGGUAUGUGCUCUUUACCAGUUUCUCGUUGAUAACCGCAAUCAACCAAUGGAAUAAUGCGCUCUACUCUAUUAUCUAUACUGUUUUUCCCACCAUUGUUGUUGGAAUUCUUGACAAGGACCUCGGUAGAAGGACUCUUCUUAGUUACCCUCAGCUUUAUGGGGCUGGCCACAGGCAGGAGAGUUACAACUCUGGAUUGUUUUGGUUAACAAUGAUUGAUACUGUGUGGCAAAGUAUUGCUAUUUUCUUCAUCCCCCUCCUUGCAUACUGGGCUACCACCAUCGACGCUUCGAGCCUCGGAGAUCUCUGGCUACUUGCCGUGGUAAUAGUCGUUAACUUGCACUUAGCGAUGGAUGUUGUUCGAUGGUAUUCCAUCACCCAUGUUGUGAUCUGGGGAUCCACUCUCGCAACUGUCAUUUGUGUCAUUGUACUUGAUUCAGUACCGUCACUUCCCAAUUACUGGGCGAUAUAUCAUGUGGCAGGCACGAUGCCAUUUUGGCUAUGUUUGUUAGUGAUCAUCGUAGUAGCAUUACUUCCUCGUUUUGUUGUAAAACACUUGUAUCAGUAUUACAAUCCAUGUGACAUCCAAAUAGCAAGGGAGGCAGAUAAAUUUGGAACGAUAAGAGAGUUGGGAGUUGUACAAACAGAGGUGAUCCCAGGCCUCAACAACCCUUCACAACAGUAAGAGAAGAGCAAAAAGCUGACAAAUCAAUCCGCUACUAGCAACAGUUUGAAAGCCAAAAGGGGAAAGUUUCUUACCAAAUGCCAUCUUCUUCAAUCAUUGUUGCGUGUCUGGCUAGAUCAUGUGCCAUCGAUUUCCACUCCCUUCCGAUGUGGAUGAACGAACUAAUUCCUAAAACUUCAGCGAGAAGAAUCAUCUCCUCAAUUAAGAUGGAAACCGGUGUUAGUUACAGGUGUUAAUGAAGUUCCAUGUGCAGUGAACCACCUAGAAUCGACGUCGAUCUUCCAUUAUUUCGGGUGUGGAGGGGCUAGGCUGCUUUGUCCAACAUACUUCUCCUUCACACUUUGAUUAGGGGUGCUAAUGAUGUGCCAAUGAUCCCCGAGGCAGAUGUUGGCGUUGGUAUCAAUAGUCAGUAGGGUCGGCAAGCUGUCAUGGCAUCAAAUCGGAUUUUUCCAUGGGGCAAUUUAGUUUUUUGGUUCCUCUUCUAUUGGUCCAUGGACAUUGGAAUUACCAGCGCAUGGGCUACAUGAUCUUGUACUACUUUUACAGAAAUGCAGUGUUUGUGCUUGUUUUAUUUUGGUAUGUGCUCUUUACCGGUUUCUCGUCGACACCCGGGAUCAACCAAUGGGAGUAGUGUGCUCUACUCUAUAAUCUAUACUUGGGGUUGACCACAGUUAUUGUUGGAAUUCUUGACAAAGACCUAGGAAGAAGAACUCUUCUUAGUUACCCUCAGCUCUAUGGGUUUGGCCUCAGACAGGAGAGUUACAACUCUGAAUUGUUUUGUUUAACAAUGAUCGACACUGUGUGGCAAAGCAUUGCUAUUUUCUUCAUCCCCCUCCUUGCAUACUGGGCUACCACCACCGACGUUUCGAGCCUCGGUGAUCUCUGGACAAUUGCCUUGGUCAUGUCGUCAACUUGCUCUCGGAAAUGGAUGUCGUUCGAUUGUAUUCCAUCGCACAUGCUGUGAUUUGGCACCGCUGUCGCAACUAUCAUUUGAGUGAUUGUCCUUGAUUUGCUACUGUCACUUCCCAGUUACCGGGCGUCCGUUUGGCUAUGUUUGUUAGCAAUCGUCGUGGUAGCAUUACUUUCCCGUUUUGCCGUGAAAUACCUUUAUUGAUAUUACAAUCCAUGUGACAUCAUAGCAAGAGAGGCCGAUGAAUUUGGAAGGACAGGAGAGUUGGAAGAUUUACAAACAGAGAUGAUUUUCAACUUGUUUUGAUCCCAUAGUGUUGUAUUUUUCUUCAUAUAAAAAAGAAAAAAAAAUCCCAAUUCCUUAGGCCUGUUGCCGGUUACCAUACAAAUUAAUUGUAAUAUAAUUUUCGAUUUUUAAUUUCAUGUGCAUUUAAGGAACA